CUACCAAGGCUGGCUCGCAUGCCAGGACAAAGUGGAGUGCAUCCACAAUCAAGAAGAUUGGGGCAUAGUGUUGCUCACGGAAGCAUCGCCCCCAAAGUUCAGCGAAUACCCUACAGACACGAAGAGCGAGGUCAUGGGCACCGGACGGGAGAAGAAGACCGGACAGAGAAUCGUAUACGAUUGAAGAAAGCCUCCUAUCAGGCUGUGAAGGAAAUGAGUGUUGAGCGAGGGCUUCCAGGAUACGGUCCUGACCAUUUGAGCACCUGUGAGCGAGCAAACGCUGGAGAAUAUUGAAUCGACCCUCAUCUUUCCAAAGGUUACGAAGCAUCGCCAGAUCAAGCCUCGCUUCGGUAAAAGAACCCAGUUCAGGCGGUUUCGUAGGCUCUCUAGGUUCACUCAAUUGGAGGGCCUGGAUGGGGCUGUCAUUGAGAGCCAGCCGUUUCCUUUUGUGCGUCUGUUUUGGCGUGGCAGCUUUAAGCCUGUCCCGUCGCUUGCUUGGUGACGCGAUGAUGUCUUCGUCGUCAAAACCAUCACCGAGCUGCCUGGUCUUUUGCGCUUUCUUUGGGGUUGCGGAUGGACUAGCUGUGGGUGCAGUCGUUAUAGCAGGUUUAGGUCUCGCGGCCAUUGGCCUUCGCAUCCUUCGCAUUUGCUCGGCCUGCUGAGCAUCGUGUUCGUCAAGUUGGCGCUGUGCGUUAUCGCGAUCGACCCUGAGUUUCUCGGUGGCAUCCCUGUGCUCUUGUUGUAGAGCUUGCAGCCGUUGUUCGGCCGCCCGCCUCUCAGUGUCUGCGCGCCGUCUAACAUUCUCCGCCUCUCCCGCCUUCCUGCUCGCCUCUGAUUGUGCUGUCUGCAGGCUGUUGUUCAAGCGCCAUUUUUCCUGCUCAAGUUUCUUGAUACGCUGGAGCAGUUUACCAGUGUCUGCCUGCGACUGGGGUGGGACUGGGUCGACGUCCAUCAACCCGCCGGCUGAGAGGCGGUUGUAUUGCUGCGUGCGGCUGUCGUCGAGAUUGAUAAUCUCAUCUCCAUGCUCUUGUGCGUCCCUGUGUGAGUCCCCAUGACUGAUGCUGUUGCCAUUGCCAUUGCCAUUGCCAUUGCCGUUGUCGUGAGCACCUCCAAAAGCGUAAACCGAGGUGGGGUUGCGUCGAGGCUGUUGGGUCGCGCGAAUAGCGGACCUUUCAAGCUGCAGCAAGGUGCUGGCGGGCAGGUCAUCCAGGUCAGGAUCGGAGAAGUCGAAUUCAUCAUGGUCCAUGGUGUGCCAUUCCCCAAAGGUAUCGCGUGCAGCUCUUCAGCAUUGCAAAGCAGCGUGGACCGAGAUGGGCUUGGACUCGGUUGGUGUUGAGCUUUUUCUUCAGGUCAUUUCCCGUACUGUGCCU